GCCGGCCGGAGCCCUUGCUGAUGGCCGGCGCCUGGAGGAUGGGGCCCUGGGCCGUGCCGUGGAUGAUGCUGUGUCUGCUCUGCCUGCCGCCCUGUGCCAGGGCCCAGACGAAGAUCCCGCUGGAGACGGUGAAGUCCUGGGCAGAUGCCUUUGGUGGGGAGCUGUACUCCAUUGUGACUAAGUAUUCAGGCUCUCUCCUGUUGCAGAAGAAGUACAAAGAUGUGGAGCCAACCCUGAAAAUCAAGGAGGUGGAUGGCUUGGAGCUGGUGAAGAAGUUCUCAGAGCAGAUGGAGAGCAUGCUCCGCAGGAAGGUGGAAGCUGUUGAGAGGCUGGUGGAAGCAGCAGAAGAUGCAGAUCUGAACCAUGAGUACAACUCCUCGCUGGAGUUUGAUUACUACAACUCUCUCCUGAUUAAUGACAAGGAUGAAAAUGACAAUUACGUGGAGCUUGGUGAUGAAUUCAUUCUGGAGCCAAAUGAGCAUUUCAAUAACCUGCUGGUGAACACAACCUACAGUGAUAUCCAGCUGCCCACCAAUGUCUACAACAAAGACCCUGCCAUACUCAAUGGAGUUUACAUGUCAGAAGCUCUGAAUCCUAUUUUUGUGGACAACUUUGAAAGGGAUCCCACACUGACCUGGCAGUACUUUGGCAGCUCCACUGGAUUCUUCAGGCUGUACCCAGGAAUAAAGUGGUUACCAGAUGAGAAUGGAGUCAUCUCCUUUGACUGCAGAAACCGUGGCUGGUACAUCCAAGCAGCCACCUCUCCCAAGGACAUUGUCAUCAUUGUGGAUGUCAGUGGCAGCAUGAAGGGCCUGAGGAUGACCAUUGCCAAGCACACCAUCGUCACCAUUUUGGAUACUCUGGGAGAAAACGACUUUGUCAACAUCAUUGCAUACAAUGAUUAUGUUCAUUUUAUUGAGCCCUGUUUUAAGGGUAUCCUGGUCCAAGCAGACAGAGAUAACAGAGAGCACUUCAAGCAGCUGGUGGAGGAGCUGCAGGCAAAAGGAGUGGGGACUGUGAGCAAGGCUUUGACAGAGUCCUUCAAAAUCCUGAGAGAGUUCAGAGAUGCUGGCCAAGGAGGUUUGUGUAACCAAGCCAUCAUGCUGAUCACCGAUGGAGCCGUGGAGGAUUAUGAAGCUGUCUUUGAAAAAUACAACUGGCCCGAUCGGAGGGUCCGGGUGUUCACGUACCUCAUAGGACGGGAGGUCACCUUUGCCCCCAACGUGAAAUGGAUCGCCUGCAACAACAAAGGCUACUACACUCAGAUCUCCACGCUGGCAGAUGUCCAGGAGAAUGUCAUGGAGUACCUGCACGUGCUCAGCCGGCCCAUGGUCAUCAACCACGACCACGACAUCAUCUGGACCGAAGCCUACAUGGACAGCGCGCUGCCACAGUCUGAGGAGCUCUUUGCAUCCCAGGCUCAGAGCCUGCUGCUCAUGACGACAGUGGCCAUGCCAGUGUUCAGCAAGAAGAACGAGACGCGAUCCCAUGGCAUUCUUCUGGGUGUGGUGGGCUCUGAUGUACCACUGAGGGAGUUGUUAAAACUUGCUCCACGCUAUAAGCUGGGUGUCCAUGGCUACGCCUUCCUGAACACCAACAACGGCUACAUCCUUUCCCACCCAGACCUCCGUCCUUUGUAUAAAGAAGGAAAGAAACUGAAGCCUAAGCCGAACUACAACAGCGUAGAUCUCUCAGAAGUGGAGUGGGAAGACCAGGAUGAAAUACUGAGAAGUGCUAUGAUCAAUGGAGAAACAGGCUACCUCUCCAUGGAUGUGAAGGUCCCUGUGGACAAAGGGAAACGAGUUCUCUUCCUCACCAAUGAUUAUUUCUUCACGGACAUCAGUGGCACACCCUUCAGCCUGGGUGUUGUGCUGUCCAGGGGGCACGGGGAGUACAUCCUGCUGGGGAACACUUCAGUGGAAGAAGGUUUGCAUGACCUGCUCCAGCCAGACCUGUCUUUAGCAAAUGAAUGGAUUUACUGCAUCACUGACAUUGAUCCCGACCACCGGAAGCUCAGCCAGCUGGAGGCUGUGAUCCGUUUCCUCACUGGAGAGGAGCCUGACCUGGAAUGUGAUGAGGAGUUGGUCCAGGAAGUGCUGUUUGAUGCAGUGGUCACUGCCCCCAUGGAGGCCUACUGGACAACACUGGCCCUCAACAUGUCCUUGGAUACCGAGGCAGGCAUUGAGAUGGCGUUUCUGGGCACCCGGGCUGGACUCAUGAGGAGUGCCCUGUAUGUGGGCUCUGAGAAGAUUUCCAACAAGAAAUUCCUGACGCAGAAGGACAAGGAAAGCAUCUUCACCAUGGACCACUUCCCUCUGUGGUACCGCAGGGCGGCCGAGCAUCCCCCCGGCAGCUUCAUCUACAGCAUUGUCUCAGAGGAUGAUUCAGAGGGGGGUGGCCUGCCAAAAGUGGUGACAGUGAGCACGGCUGUGUCUGUGUCUGUGGAUGGGAAGAUGGGAAUUGCCGCAGCUGUGGGUGUGCAAAUAAAGCUGGAUUUGCUCCAACGCAAGUUUUGGAUGGCCAUGCAACAGCCCAAUGACACUGAUUGCCGUGGCUUUGAUGGUGCCUGUCCACUCAGCUGUCAGGAUGAUAUUCUGAACUGCUUCCUCAUUGACAACAACGGCUUUAUACUUGUUUCCAAAAUACCUGAAGAGACUGGAAAAUUUUUUGGUGCAGUGGAUGGCUCAGUGAUGACCCAGCUGCUAAACAUGGGCAUGUUCAGGCGAGUGACCAUGUAUGAUUACCAGGCAAUGUGCAAGGUGCCCUACCACCACCACAGCGGCGCCCGGCCCCUGCUCAGCCCAAUUUAUGCCUUUGUAGCUGCAGUGAAGUGGCUGAUAAGUGAUUUCCUCAUCUUCCUUUUGGAGUUUAACAUGAGUAGCUUCUGGCACUCAGACAACUUGGCAGAUGCCAAGGCUGUCUUCCAUCACUCUCACAGGCACAAGAAGCACGACACGCUGCAGCCCUGCGACACCGAGUACCCCGUGUUCGUCUACGAGCCGGCCAUCAAGGAGACCAACGGGCUCAUCGACUGUGGAGACUGCCAAAAGAUGUUUGUGGCGCAGCAGAUCAUCAGCAGUAACCUCCUGCUUCUCGUCACGGACACUGUCUGCGAUUGCAGCGUCUUCCCGCCCGUCCCAAUGGAUGCAAAAGAAGUCAAAUACAACGCUUCAGUGAAGUGCGAGCGGAUGCGCUCCCAGAAGCUGCGCCGGCGGCCGGACUCGUGCCACGCCUUCCACCCUGAGGAAAAUGCCCAGGACUGCGGUGGCACCGCUGGGAUCUCCGUGUGUCCGGCGCUGCUGCUCCUGCCCCUGGUGCUGCUCCUGCGGUGACGCUGCCCGCGAUGCGCCUUACGCGGCAGGGACCCGGCGGGACAGAGCCGUGCGAGGGCAGGACAGGGGGUCCCCUUCUGGGACACCUUCCGCGACUUCCCGAGGUGUCCUUCACCACUAGGUCCGGCACGGUGCCGACGGUGGGAGCUGCUGCUCCUCGGAAGCCCGUGGCAAAAGGAGAUGCGAGAAGCAGCAGGGGCAGCUCCUGGCACAGCAGCUGCUCCUCCCUGACAGCGCUCACAGCCGGGGAUGCUGCCAUCACCGGCAUGGAGAACAUUCCUCAUCAGCCUGCCUCCCACGGAGCCACCUGGGCUCGGAGGGGCAGAGCUGGUGGCUCUAGGAGAGCAGGAGGGGCAGGGGACACCACCUACCUGUCCCUCAGGGUGAGCCACCGGGAUUUUGAACACCCGGGAAGCAGCGUGUCCUGGUCUUGGGGGUGGUCCCAGGCGUGGGACACGGCCCCAAAGCUGAAUUGCACCAGCCUCACCUGGGGCUGGACAGUGGGAGGCAGCACAGCUCAACUGGAGAGCUGCAGCCACGCCAGCUCUGCCAAGGAGACCUCUCCUGACACUGCUAGAGCAGCAUCCAGGUUCUUGUCUACAUGUGGACUUACCUCUGGAAGGGGGUUUUGUAUGACCCACCAGAAGAGACUUACCUGCUCUCUUCAUUGCAGAAGCAGCCAAGAAACAGGCACUUUUCCCCUGGGAGCAGCACUGCCCUGCUCAUUGCCCCUGCCCUGAGCCUGGCAUUCCCAGCUGGUGGGCACAGGCCAUUUCUCACAGAGCUUUAUGGACAACGGGUGGGAAGCACCCAUUGUUCUUUUUUUUUUUCUUUUUUAUGAACUGUUCCAUACCAUCUCAUUAAAAACAAAUAUAUGGCAUAUUCUA